UUUUUAGGUUAGCUUCGAUGUUGAAAACAAAGUUUUAAUAACGAAAAAUAACUGAAUAAAAUGGAUAAUAAUACAAAUAGCCCAGAUUCUCCAGAGAUAAGGGAAGUUAAUGUAGUCCAAACGAUACAACCGAAAGAUGAGCCCCCUGCGAAGACGGCAAAAGAUCUCUUUUCUGAUUUUAAAGCUUCUGAUGAAUCUGAUUUUGGACCAAAUGAGUUUGAUGCACACAGCGAUAGCGAUUCAGACGAACCUCUGUCCAAGAAAAUUAAAAAGGCCAAAAAAGGCGAAGGGAAAAGGAAAUCUAAGGAUGCAGGAAAUUAUGACUCUGCAAAGAAAAAGAAAAAUUAUGUUCAAAAAUAUAAGAAAGAAUGGGAGUCCAUACCAGCUGUAAAACCAUGGAUAUCAGAAAGUGUUCAUGGCCCACAUUAUUUUUACUGUAGGUUUUGCAAAAAAGACUAUAAAUGUGGAAAAACAGAAGUGUUUAAACAUAUGAGUGCUAUGAAACAUAAAAAACAUCUAACCAACCCCAACCAGUCAGGACAGAAUAAGUUUAUGUUUAGAGGAUUAUUAUGCCCAGUUAUAACACCAUUUGUCAAAUCCAGAGGAAAAGAAGUGAAUUAUAAAUUAAUAACUCCUUAUGCUAAGUUUUUAAAGGCCUGUGGUGUCAAAGGAAUUUUAUUGAAUGAUGUCACUGGGGAAGGUAUGUCAUUGACACCAGAAGAAAGGAAACAGCUGGCAGAAUUUUGGUACGAAAUUUGUAAAGAAAAAAAUCAGUUUUUAAUGGUACAAGUUGGAGGAGCACCUUUGAAAAGUGUGAUAGACAUGGCCAUUCAUGCUGAAAAAUUGAAAGUAGGAGCGAUUGUUCUAAUGGCUGAUUUAUAUCAUAAACCAAAAAAUCAUCUAGAUUUAAUAAGAUAUAUCAAGAUUAUAUCAGAGUACACCGAAAAAAUUCCUAUAUUAUAUCAUCAUUAUCCAAAGUAUACUCAACUGUAUAACAUUGAUAUGACUGCAUUUUUAUUAGAUAUAACGGGGGAAGUGGAACAAUUUGUUGGUGUGAUUUAUACGACCAACGAUUUACAGGAUGGAUUAACAGCACUUACUCUAAAUCCUGAUAAAUAUGUGGUAUUUAUGGGAACUGAUGAGGUGAUGCUAGGUGCUGUAGCUAGUGGAUUUACCUGCAUUAUGGGUAACAGUAUUAACAUUUUACCUAAACUGGCUGAAUCCAUUUGCCAGUGUAUAAAAGAAGGAGAAAUAAAGAGCGCUCAGGCUUCCCAAAACCUUCUAAAGAAAGCUAUUGACAAUAUUUAUUGUAAUGGUGAUAUGGUGGCCACUCUAAAAGCUGCUAUUAGUAUAAUGACCAAUUUGGCAGUGGAAACUGUAAGGGAGCCACUGCAAACCGUAUGGGAGGGAACCAUUACGAAAAUGAAGAAUAAAUUACACGAAAUUGGAAUUAUAUAAGAUAUUUUUAUCCUAAAAUUUUCUAAGACUUUUAUAUUUUUAGUUAUAUUUAAAAGUUAAUAUAGAAUAAAUUUGUAAAUAAAGAAAAUAAUUAAGUUGUACUGGAA